AUGCUUUUCAGAACCGCCAUACAACAUCAGAGGCGUCUAUUGCCUGGACCAUCCCAACUUCACAUCCAGCCACAACUUAGAACUGUUACCAAUGCAGCGCUGAGAACCUCUCUAAAGCCUACACAGGCACCCCGGGUGGAGGAACCAUCGCCACUCUCCAAGAUACCUAUGGGAGUGCUCCUGCGCUCCGUCGCCUUAACAACAGUAAUGGCGAAUAGGUGGCUACUACGGCCGUCACUUGCAUUCAUCGCGCUUAUCACACAGUCCAACUCAGCCAUUCUCAACCCCGACAAGAACCCUGUGCUGAGUCGUGUUCUUCAAUGGACUAUUUAUGACCACUUUUGUGCUGGUAACAGCAUCCCCGAAGUGUCAAAUACUGUCAAGUACAUCAAGAACCUUGGCUUCCACGGUAUCAUUCUUGGAUAUUCGAAAGACGUCGUGUUAGACCCUAACGUGAAGCUUCCGAAAAUUGGCAUUGAGGACUAUCCGAAAGAGUGCUACGAUAUGAUCGAUGAAUGGAAGAAGGGCAACAUCGAUACUCUGAACAUGAUCGAGGCCGGCGAUCUUCUAGCUGUUAAGGUGACUGGUGCUGGACCCAUCGCGGUAGACGCUUUGCAGGCUGGCAAGCCGAUGAAUAGCUACCUCCACAAAGCUCUCAACGAUAUUUGUAGCGAGACUCAAAGGCGUGGAUGUCAACUCUGGAUAGACGCAGAACAACAAGCUAUGCAACCGACACUCGACGAGUGGACCAUUACCCUCAUGCGCGAACACAAUCGGGACGGGAAUGCCCUUGUUUACAAUACCAUUCAGGCCUAUCUCAAAGGCGCUAGACAGAACGCGAAGAGGCAUAUUCAACUAGCUGCCCAAGAAGGUUGGACUGUCGGUAUCAAGCUUGUUCGUGGCGCAUAUAUCGAGAAUGAAAUCCGGUCUCUCAUUCACGAUACAAAAGACGAUACGGACAGUUCAUACAAUGACAUUGCAGACAUGCUGAUUUCUCGAAGAGUACCUGAUGGACCUUCCAAUCUCAAGUUCCCAGACGCGGCCCUCGUUCUGGCGACUCAUAAUGCCGAGAGUGCGCAAAAGGCCCUUAGCACACACAGAAAGCGCCUCGAGGCUGGUCUUCCCACAGUGCCUAUGAAGUGUGCCCAGAUCAUGGGCAUGGCUGAUGAGCUGAGUUGCAAGCUGCUGCAGGAUUACGAGCAGGCAGUCAAGAAGAAUAGAGUCACUGCUGAGACGCCCAAGAUUUACAAGUGUCUACCUUGGGGCUCCGUGCAGGAGUGCAUCAAUUAUUUGUACCGACGAGCGGUGGAGAAUCGCGGUGCCGUUGAGAGGACGCAGCAUAUGGCGCUAACUAUGAGACAGGAGCUUCGACGGAGGAUACUGGGCUGA